AAUUAGCAUUAAUAAGCAAAUCUGCUUUAAAAAAAUAAACAAAUCUGCUUUAAAAGACUUUCUCAAUACCACGUUUAUAACGCACGUUCUAGAGGAAAAUGUAUUAAGGGAUGCUUGACACUUUUUUUAAUCAUGUUUUGUUAAUUUUUGUUUGAAAAUGAUUUGUUUAGGUAGUACGGUUAGGGAUUUACGCGGGAAAGAAGAAGAGGUGUAAUAAUGUUGUAUAAUGUAAACAACAACAACAAAAAAAAAAAAGGUUUGAUUUGGUUAAUGCUGUUGUCAACGACGACGACGUGUUUCCCUCUUAUGUUUCUCCUUCCUCUCUCUAUAUUACAACUGCAUUUCUCUUCUCUCUCCUCCCAACUCUCUCUUUCUCUCAAUAGAUCUUGAUAUUUCCUUUUGCUUUGAUCUCAACAAUGGCGGGAAACAAAGGGAAGCCAUUGCCAAAGUUUGGGGAAUGGGAUGUGAACAAUCCCGCAUCAGCCGAAGGAUUCACAGUCAUUUUCAGCAAAGCUAGUGACGAGAAGAAGACCAAGAAAGCAUCCGGCGCUGGCCCUAAUAGUCUGGUUUCACCUCAGGGAAACCAAAACUCCGAUCAAAACAAUCACCAUGAUUCCCAAAACCCAAAAGCUAAGAACAAAUGGUUUUGCUUCCGUUAAUUCCUGCCAUCUUCUGAAGAAUCCGAGGGGUAGGGAAGCUGAAGCAGUUUUGCCGAGAGAUCUUAAACAAAGUGAAACAAAAGGGUUAAGGGUUAAACACCCAUACAUCUCAGCUUUCUUCAUCUCUCUUCUGCUGAUAUUAUACUUGUUCAGUAAACUUUUUGUUCCUUUUUUUUUGUUUGCCAACAUUUUGCCCACAAUGGAUAUAAAUUGUAUCUUUUGACUCCAUCUAAGAACUAUGGAAAUAAGAUUUUGAGAGAUAGUCCUUUGCAGACAUAAUGCUAUUAGCUAUUAUUCA